GUAUUGCGGUAGAUACGCUAACCGUAGGUGUUUUUAAUGCUCGUUCCACGUUCGUCUCGUUAGAUCAGUGUGCGUAUCGCCUCGAUCGUCCUUGUGACGUUACGCGCGUUUCUCUUCUGUUUCGAUUGUGUCGUUUAAUUUUUUGUCAUCAAAAUCGUGUGGUGAAAAGAUCAAGAUGAGUUGCAUCUCGGAUUGUAUUAAAUAUUUGCUUUUUAUUUUUAAUUUUAUAUUUUUGAUAUGUGGAUUGGCUAUUUUAACUCUUGGCGUUAUUGUACAUCUGCGAGUGUCAGAAAUAACCGAUCACAUUGAUACCAAUCUUUUAUUCCCAUCGAUAACGUUGAUCGUUAUCGGCAGCAUAAUCUUCAUAAUAUCAUUUUUCGGAUGCUGUGGCGCCAUCCGGGAGAGUCAUUGCAUGACAAUUACCUUCGCAUCGUUCCUUUUGUUCAUCUUAAUCGUGCAAGUGGCAGUUGCUGUUUAUGUGUUUGUUGUUGUUAAAAACAGCGAUGACAAGAUUGAUAUCUCCGAGAAUUACGAGAAGAUAUUCAAAAAUUACGGCACGGACAAAGAAAGCACAAGAGUGAUUGAUAUUGUGCAGAGUAGCUUGCAUUGCUGUGGUGUCUAUUCUUCGAAAGAUUUCAUUCUCCACAAUCUCCGUAUUCCGCCAAGUUGCUGUGGUUUAGCAGAAAAUCAAACCUGCUCUUCAAACGAUGUGUAUGAGGUAGGCUGUGUGCCAGAACUAAGGCAAGCGAUCUCGAACGCUGGAACUGUACUUGGCAGCUUAGCUAUUGCUAUUGCCGGUGUUGAGUUGAUCGGAAUCAUAUUCGCACUUUGCUUGGCAAAUUCUAUAAGGAACGCUGAACGCAGGAAUCAAAGAAAUAUAUAUUAAAAACGAAAAGUAAUAUAAUUGGUAACACUACCAUUAAUAAUUUGAUCUUAAGUGACAGAAGAAGUGCAGUUAUUCUAUGAAAACAAAUUUAGAUAUUUUUUUAAAUGGAUCAAUGAAAACGAAGACGGGAAAAGUGCCUGAUUUUCUAAGUUGAAGCACGAUUUUUGUUUAAAUUUUGACUUUGUAUAUGUGAUAUGUGAAAUGUAUAAACAUGUUAUUUAAUCCCUUAACCUACAACUACGAGCAUAGCCCGUAAUACGAUGAUCGGCCCAAAUAUAACAUGUAAUAUAAUAUAUAAUAGCUUGUUUACGUUUUCGGCCCAAAAUUCUCGAACGUAAAUCAUUAAGGGGUUAAUAUAUUUUUAAUUUUGGUACAUUUCUGUUAAAUUGGAUAUAUUUUUUUAUGUGCGACAAAUAAAAUAAUUGUAAUAAUGAUAACCUGUCAUUAAUAAUAAUAAUUGAUGCAAAACGUU